GGGGAGUAAUGGCAUGAGUACUGCUUUAUACUAUUAAGACACGCUUUUCAGUGCGCGCGUUGGAAACUAACAGCUGACCGUCCUUACAUCCGGUCAAGUCGAAAAUUGGGGCCGAGGACGCGGAGAGUCGAGGCGACGGACUGUCGGACCAACUGGAAACUUGACCAGAAGCAUCCAAAAAGUCGUCAAACUUGCACCCCGAAGUGGCGUCAGGCGCAAACGGCUCAUCCUCUCUGGCUCUUCCGAGGAGGGACUCUGCUGCUGGACAUGUGAAUUUAAAGGAGAUAACCCGCUAAAGCACAACCAUGAAACCAACGAGCGUCCUGUGUUGCCUCGGCUCCCUCCUGACCUGCCUCCUGUUUGGGUCCAGCUCUUCUCAAUCAGUAUGCCCCGGCACGGAGAACAAGCUGAGCACGCUCUCGGACCUGGAGCAGCAAUACCGAACUCUGAGGAAAUACUACGAGAACUGCGAAGUCGUGAUGGGAAACCUGGAGAUUACGAGCAUCGAUCGCAGCCGUGACCUUACGUUCCUCAGAUCUAUCCGGGAAGUGACGGGCUAUGUGCUGGUGGCGCUGAACCAGUUCGACUACCUGCCUCUGGAGAACCUGAGGAUCAUCAGAGGGACGAAGCUGUACGAGGACCGCUACUCUCUUGCAAUCUUCCUCAACUACAGACGUGAUGGAAACUUUGGACUGAGGAAAUUGGGCCUGAAAAACCUCACAGAAAUUCUGAGUGGAGGUGUGUAUGUUGACCAGAAUAAGUUCCUGUGCCAUGCGGAUACAAUCCACUGGCAAGACAUCGUGAAGAACCCACGGACCCAUCCCUUGGUGGUACCCACAAACAGCAGUGUCACAUGUCAGAAAUGCCAUCGUUCCUGUAAUGGCCGAUGCUGGGGACCCAAAGAGGACGAGUGUCAAAGCUUAACAAAGACGGUGUGUGCCGAGCAGUGUGACGGCCGUUGCUUCGGUCCCUACGUUAGCGACUGCUGCCACCGUGAGUGUGCAGGGGGCUGCUAUGGUCCUAAAGACACAGACUGCUUUGCCUGCACCAACUUCAAUGACAGUGGAGCAUGUGUGACCCAGUGCCCUCAGCCAUUUGUCUACAACCCGACCAGCUUCCAGCUGGAGCACAACCCCAGGGCCAAGUACACCUACGGAGCCUUCUGUGUCAAAAAGUGUCCACAUAACUUUGUGGUGGACCAUAGCUCCUGUGUGAGGGCAUGCCCCAGUAACAAGAUGGAGGUGGAGGAGAACCGCAUUAAGAUGUGUAUCCCUUGUACUGAUAUCUGCCCGAAAGCAUGCGAUGGAAUUGGUACAGCCAGCCUACAGGCAGCUCAGACCGUGGAUUCCAGCAACAUAGACAAGUUUGUCAACUGCACCAAAAUCAAUGGAAACCUGGUGUUCCUCAUCACUGGAAUCAAAGGGGACGUCUAUCAUAACAUUGAAGCUCUGGACCCAGAAAAGCUGAACGUAUUUCGCACGGUUCGAGAGAUCACAGGCUACCUUAACAUCCAGUCUUGGCCUGACAACAUGACAGACCUGAGUGUUUUCUCCAACCUGGCAACUAUUGGUGGAAGAGCUUUGUACAGCGGGAUCUCCCUGCUGGUUUUAAAGCAGCAGGGCAUCUCAUCGCUGCAGUUCCAGUCCCUGAGAGAGAUCAGCGCCGGGAACGUCCACAUCACAGAGAACAGCCAGCUCUGCUACUACAACACCGUCAACUGGACCCGGCUGUUCCGUGCUGCCAACCAGAACUUUCUGGUCCGCGACAACCGGAGUCCGCAGGAAUGCUCUAAGGAGCGCAUGGUGUGCGACGCGCUGUGUUCAGACGCUGGGUGUUGGGGUCCUGGCCCAGACCAGUGCAUGUCCUGCCGAUACUUCAGCCGUGGGCGAACCUGUGUGGAUACCUGCAACCUGUACGAAGGGGACAUUCGAGAGUAUGCCAAUGGCUCAGUGUGUGUGGAGUGUGACGCCCAGUGCGAGCGAGCCGACGAUGAGUCUUUGACCUGCCACGGCCCGGGCCCAGACCACUGUGUGAAAUGCCUUCAUUUCAAGGAUGGUCCGAACUGUGUGGAGAAAUGUCCCGAUGGCCUGCAAGGUGCCAACAGUUUCAUCUUCAAGUAUGCUGAAAUCAACAACGAAUGUCAUCCCUGCCAUGCCAACUGCACCCAGGGGUGCAUUGGACCAAGACUUCAAGACUGCAUUGGCUGGAUGGACAGAACCCCUCUGAUUGCAGCCGGGGUAAUCGGCGGCCUCUUCAUGGUGGUGAUCAUGGUGCUGAGCAUCGCGGUGUCUGUGCGUCGUAAGAACAUCAAGAAAAAGAGAGCCCUCCGCCGCUUCCUGGAGACAGAGCUGGUGGAGCCGUUGACACCGAGUGGAACAGCCCCCAAUCAAGCACAGCUUCGCAUUCUGAAAGAAACGGAACUCAAACGAGUCAAGAUCCUCGGAUCUGGAGCUUUCGGGACGGUUUACAAGGGUAUUUGGGUCCCAGAGGGUGAAACUGUGAAAAUUCCUGUUGCCAUUAAAAUUCUAAUUGAAGCCACUGGACCUAAGGCCAACGUGGAGUUUAUGGACGAGGCUCUGAUCAUGGCGAGCAUGGAGCACCCCCACCUGGUCCGGCUGCUGGGCGUCUGCCUGAGUCCCACCAUCCAGCUGGUCACACAACUGAUGCCCCACGGGUGCCUGCUCGACUAUGUCCACGAGCACAAGGACAACAUUGGAUCGCAGCUACUGCUUAAUUGGUGUGUCCAGAUUGCCAAGGGAAUGAUGUAUCUGGAGGAGCGGCGGUUGGUCCACAGGGACCUGGCAGCCCGCAACGUUCUGGUCAAAUCUCCCAACCACAUCAAGAUCACCGACUUCGGCCUGGCCCGGCUGCUGGACGUUAAUGAGAAAGAAUACAAUGCGGAUGGAGGAAAGAUGCCAAUCAAGUGGAUGGCGCUGGAGUGUAUCCACUACAGGAAGUUCACUCACCAGAGCGACGUUUGGAGUUAUGGCGUGACCAUCUGGGAGCUGAUGACCUUUGGAGGGAAGCCAUAUGAUGGGAUUUCCACCAGAGAUAUCCCAGAUUUGCUGGAGAAAGGAGAGCGUCUGCCCCAGCCGCCCAUCUGCACCAUCGAUGUCUACAUGGUCAUGGUUAAAUGCUGGAUGAUCGAUGCAGACAGUCGACCCAAGUUCAAGGAGCUGGCCGCAGAGUUCACUCGAAUGGCUCGUGACCCCCAAAGAUACCUGGUCAUCCAGGGUGACGAUCGGAUGAAGCUGCCCAGCCCCAACGACAGCAAGUUCUUCCAGAGCCUGCUGGACGAGGAGGAGCUGGAGGACCUGAUGGAUGCGGAGGAGUAUCUGGUGCCUCACUCCUUCAACGUUCCCCCGCUGGCGUACACCCCACGCACACGCAUCGACUCCAGCAAGAGCCAGUUCAGCUGCCAGGAUCCCAGUUUCAGCAUGGAGGACAUCCUGGCCUCGCUCCCGAGGGUGGUUUCUGUCCCGCCGGUGUCCGGAGGCUGCGUCUCCUCGCAGGAGCUCACCUCAGGGGGGCAGAUUGCUGUUGGGUUUGGGCGUGGCGGCCAGGACGACCCCAGAUGCAAUGGCACCCUGAGGAAGCAAGCCUCCCCGAGAUCCAGCGGCCUGGUCGCUGGUUCAGCGCUCCUCGCGUCAGUACAAGGCGGCGGUGACGACAGCAGCGGACAGCGUUACAGCGCCGACCCGACCGGCCUUUUAGCGGAACGAGCAGCCAAAGCAGAGAAGGACCAGGACGGCUACAUGACUGCCAUGAGAGACAAGAGCAGCACAGAUUUUCUCAACCCCGUGGAGGAAAACCCUUUUGUCACCCGUCGCAGGAACGGCGAGGCCCACACAGUGACGGAUGGAGCGGGCUGCCACACCCUGCACUUAUCCGCAGCCGCCGCCGCCCCCAAACCUCAGUCCGCCCACGCCGGUGACGAGUACAUCAACGAGCCGCUCUACCUAAACACCUUCUUAAACCCAGGAGACAAGAACGGAUUGGCCGGUGCAGUGUCCAUCUCCGGCCCCGGGCCCUCGGCUGCACAAUCAGUACUGCAGACAGUCAACCCGUCAACGUCGGGCCACACCGUUUCCUCCACCGGAUACGUGGUACCCCCUGGCCACCUCCCUCACCCCUCCUAUCCAUCACACACACUGCAUCCAGGGCAUUCAGGACACACUCUGCACUCAGGCAUUACCAGCAGCACCAUCAUGUUUGAUAAGAAAGGCAAGAAAGCAACUUUUGACAAUCCCGAAUACUGGCAGCACAGUCUCCCUCCCAAGUCCUCACUGCACAACCCUGAGUACCUGCAGGACUGCAGCACACGCUUCUUCUAUCGGCAGAACGGACGCAUUCGCCCUGCGGUGGCCGAAAACCAGGAAUACUUGUCCGAGGCUGCUAUGAAAGCCGGCAACGUGUUGCCACCGCCUCCAUACAGACAGAGGAACACUGUGGUGUAGUGACCCAGUAGCACACUGGAGGACUGACGAGUCUUACAGGCGAACA